AUGCGGACAAAAAUGAACGUAUCCACAACAGUGAACGCGGAGGAAGGAACCAGGGCUGAAUCUGAAGAAAAAGACACGAGUGAAGGUGUUGUGUCUUUUGCUCCAGGCCAGGAGUCUCAGAGUGCAGCUGCUGAUGGGACAAAGGUUAACGCUGACACAAUAGAAACCAAAGCAUCAGAGAGCAGCACAAUGCAUUCAGGUCCCAGAAUUACCAAACCGUUUUUAAGGGAGCACUGCAAGAAAAACAAACUGUACCUGACGCCAAGGCUGAAUGACACACUUUAUCUUCACUAUAAAGGUUUUUCUUGUAUUGAGGGUUUGGAGGAAUAUACUGGCCUGCGCUGCCUAUGGCUGGAAUGCAAUGGCAUUCGCAAGAUUGAAAAUCUGGAGAAUCAGACAGAGCUUCGCUGUCUUUUCCUCCAUCAGAAUCUAAUUCAUACUCUGGAAAACCUGGAACCACUCGGCAAGCUUUGCACCCUCAAUGUCUCAAACAAUUAUAUCAAGGUCAUUGAGAACUUAUCCUGCUUGAGUGAGCUGUCCACGCUGCAGAUCUCCCAUAACUCGCUGGAGAAUGUGUGUGACAUGGAGGAGCUAUCACACUGUCUAUCCAUCAGUGUUCUUGAUCUGUCUCACAACCGCAUCAGAGAUCCAGCCCUCGUCGGUGUUCUAGAGAGAAUGCCCGACUUGCGGGUGUUAAAUCUAAUGGGUAAUGAGGUCAUCAAAAAAAUCCCAAACUACAGGAAGACUCUGAUUGUGCAUUUCAAGCAGCUGACCUAUCUAGAUGACCGGCCUGUUUUUCCAAAAGACAGAGCAUGUGCAGAGGCAUGGGCAGCUGGUGGUUUGGAAGGUGAGCGAAAAGAAAGAGAAAUGUGGGAAACGAGAGAGAGAAGGAAGAUCCAGGAGAGUUUUGAUGCAUUGACUGCUAUCAAAGAGAACGCACUGAGAAGACGGCAGGCUCGAGAGCUUUUGGAGAAAGGAAUCAUAGAGCCUCCAAGUCCUGUUACUGAGGAUCAGAGCCCUCAAGAUGAAACACCAGAAACUGCAGAGAGUGACUCUUCAAAAACAGAGCAAGAACAAACUGAUCCAUCAGCUUCAGAGAUGGACUACACUUUCAAAUCUGCAUCUGAUGAGGAACAGAUUAUCCAAACAACACUUGAUCAAAAUCAUUCCGACCAGUCAAAACCAGAGAGACAGCAGACAGUUUCAGAACAGAUUCUCCAUCCAUCAUUUGACCAGAAACAGACUGGUGAAUCAACCCGGGGAUUGAAGACUGAAGAGGAGAAGAACCAGAAAAUGAGUGUUCCCACAAAACCAUCACAGUCACCUCAGAGCGGUUUAGUCUCAGUCGCAGGUCCUGGAGCUCUCGUCACUGAACUGAUCUCUGAGGAUGAAAUAGAGUCUAUCACCCUGUCAGACGAACCAGCGUUAACAAUUGAUGAUCUUCCAGACCUUGAUGAUGAAGAAAAUAGCCUGAUAUUCCCAACAAUGUCACAGAGUGUGAUCCGUCCAAAGAUUCAGGUCAUCUCUGGUGAUGACACUGAAUCAGAAGCUGUUACAAGUUUGUAUCACUGGCCUCAGUCAGAUGCUGAGGCCACUGAUCAAUCUCAGCUGCUUAUUAAUGUCUCCACUAAGAGAGCCUCAGUCAAGCAGCAGAGUCCUGCCUUCUCCAGUCAAGCAGAAGCAGGGGAUGACUUCCCAAAGCCAGAGGAAAACAGAAAGACUAUUCUGAUUGAAGAACUGGACUGA